UUUUGUUUUACAAUAAAUUUGUAAAAACAAGACUGUUUUAUUUCAGAGACAGUUCAGACCUAACGGAAUUGUAACGAAAGAAGGAGCGGAAUAUUAUCAGUUAUGGCGCAGUACAGGUGGUCACUCGUCUCUCGAAUCUUUAUACGAAACUCUGUAUCCAAUGCCACCACCGCUUCCACCAAGAGCAGCGCAUCGACCGUUACAUAGAAGCAACGCAUUACCAAGCGGCGCACCAGAGCUACCUAAACGACAUCAAAGGCAUCCCACGCCGUUGCACCCUGAAGAUUGUUUUGGAUUCGAGAUUGUAGAUGUUGACGAAGCCUCAAAUCUCAAGUUAAGAACGGCAGUUACAAAAAGUAUCGCUCUAUUAAGUUCACCGAGAUCGCACAGACAACGAGAAAGGCCAGAAUCGACAAUGGCUAAUCAACUGGAGUGUCCGCCUACCCCUACACAUCGACCCAAACCUUUGUGUCCAUUGCCUGUAUGCCAAACGUCAAACGUAUCUUUAUCUUCAGAGGAACCUCUGCCUCCAUCAUGGGAAGCGAGAAUAGACAGCCACGGCCGAGUAUUUUACAUAGAUCACAUCAAUCGAACAACAACGUGGCAAAGGCCAAACUUGACGACACGUAAUACCGGUUGCGACCUACGAAGACAACAAUUAGACAGGCGUUACCAAAGUGUGCGACGAACUAUUUCGCGUCCCGACAAUAUAGAUCGCGAAGCUAACGGCUCAAACGAUAAUUCUUUUGACAAUACCGAGCGGCAGAAUGACCGUACUGACAGGAGCGAAUCUGAGCCAUUCGAUAUCACCACGAUACCACCGGUAUUAUUCCUAACACGGCCCGACUUCUUUACCGUGCUGCAUACCAACGCAGAUGCUAUGGAAGUGUACAACCGUAAUCCAAGUUUAAAACACAUGAUCAAUAGAGUUAGAAGGGAUCCGAUAGUUUUCCCAAGAUACGAGCACAAUAGAGAUUUAGUUGCCUUAAUUAAUGUCUUUGCCGAUCCAACCAAGGAACUUCCAAGAGGGUAUGAAUCAAAGCUCGACAGGACAGGCAAAAGAUUUUUCAUAUGUCAUGCUAGGAAGGCUACGUCUUUUAUCGAUCCACGAUUACCUACAGAAGCCGCUCAUAUACGAACAUUGCUAGACGAAGCUCCCGUUCCACCGCCCAGGCCACAACAAGCGUCUGUAACCGCUACUCCCGACAUACCUGUGGCCUACAACGACAAAGUAGUUGCAUUUCUACGUCAGCCUAAUAUAAUGGAUAUUCUAAAGGAAAGGCAUUCUGCGUUAGGACAGAAUAUAGCGCUUCGAGAGAAAGUUAAUACUAUAAGAGUCGAAGGAACUUCAGCGUUACAAAGAUGGGGCCACGACGUUCCUUUAGCAUUAUUGCUAAGUUUAUUCGAGCAAGAAAUAAUGUCCUAUGUACCUGGUAGUAUGGGUAGAUCUCCGCUCGGUAGCCCGCAUGCAUCACCUGGACUGACAAGAGCUUCUGCCAGAGCUCCCGCACCGUACAGGAGAGAUUUCGAAGCUAAACUUCGAACUUUUUAUCGAAAACUGGAAAGCAAAGGUUACGGGCAAGGACCGGGUAAAUUAAAAUUACACAUCAGAAGGGAACAUUUACUCGAAGAUGCUUUUACGCGUAUAAUGGCUGCAUCAAAGAAGGAUCUGCAGAAAGGUAAACUGGUGGUCAUCUUUGAUCAUGAAGAAGGAUUGGAUUACGGCGGGCCAUCCCGAGAAUUUUUUUUUCACUUAUCACGCGAACUGUUCAAUCCGUAUUACGGAUUGUUUGAAUAUUCAGCCAAUGACACUUACACGGUGCAAAUCUCGCCGAUGUCGGCUUUUGUGGACAACUAUCACGAUUGGUUCAGAUUUUCGGGCAGAGUUCUGGGUUUAGCAUUGGUUCAUCAGUACCUACUCGACGCGUUCUUCACGCGACCAUUUUAUAAGGCUCUUUUAAGGAUACCGGCGAGUUUGAGCGACCUGGAGAGCUUAGACCAAGAAUUUCAUCAGAGUUUAAUGUGGAUCAAAGAGAAGGACAUCAGUAUCGAACCGUUAGAAUUAACUUUCUCAGUAACGGAGGAACUUUUGGGACGAGUCGCCGAACGCGAGUUGAAGCCAGGUGGGAGAAAUAUCGCGGUUACUGAAAAGAAUAAAAAGGAGUAUCUCGAGAGAGUAGUACGUUGGCGUCUCGAGCGUGGCGUCGCGGAACAAACGGAAUCGUUGGUUCGUGGCUUUUAUGAAGUGGUGGAUCCGCGUUUAGUAUCCGUUUUCGAUGCCCGUGAGUUAGAGCUGGUUAUCGCGGGUGCGGCUGAAAUCGACCUAAACGAUUGGCGAACGCACACCGAAUACAGGAGCGGUUAUCACGAUGCGCAUCCGGUAGUGGAGUGGUUCUGGAGCAGCAUAAGUCGAUUUACCAAUGAGCAACGUCUAAGACUACUGCAAUUUGUUACCGGCACCUCGAGUAUUCCAUACGAGGGAUUUGCGGCUUUGCGUGGAUCCACAGGACCAAGGAAAUUUUGCAUCGAAAAAUGGGGAAGGCCAAACAGUUUGCCAAGGGCUCACACGUGCUUUAAUCGCUUGGAUCUUCCACCUUAUCCUACACCCGAGAUUUUAUAUGAAAAGCUGCUGUUGGCUGUAGAAGAGACAAAUACGUUUGGUAUAGAAUAAGGCGACGAAUUGGGUCUGUAAUUAUAAAGAAUUUGUACAAUUGAUAGAAUUAUAACCAUCCAGGUUGCAUUUUCUUCUAACAAGGAAACCCAUGGAAGUGUUUUCCCCCAUUUUUGCCCAGACUAGAGUCAAGCUCAACAGGGUCUUCUUUCCCCGCUAAUUUUUCCAAGCCCGUUCCCUUGGCAGUGGUUUCGC